AUGUCGCCGGUGCCUUGGUCGAGUGGGCUUAAGUUUGCGGUCUACACUUGGAAACUUGCGGCAAAAGCGACUUCCCGUCAACAUCUGCGGGUCUCCCAGAGCCAGCGAGCUUGUACAGCCUCUCCGUCGAACGCACGAAUCCCUCCUUCGGAGGCUCGCGCUUCACGCGAGUGGCGUUCCACGCCAGCCAAGGCCACCAGGCCCUCCGAAGCGAGGGACUUUGAUAAGUUUGCAGAGCCAGUAGUAUACAUGUACAGAUACACCACAGGAUCAUCUGCCGUGAUCCAAAGGUCGGCCCAACACGAGCUGAAGCCGAUGAUGGCUGUGUGUCGGGCUUCAGCUCAGUGCAUGCCCAGCACCAGCAUGGGCGUAGGUUGCAGGUUUGAGGCAAGGGAGGAGAACUCUUUUUCUCAAAAACAAGCCUCCCAGUUUCUUUGCAACUCGUUAUACCCUCAAGGGGCCGCUGACAUCCGCUUCUUGUUAGAAGCUGUUACGGUCAUGCCCACCACAUGA